AUGACUUCCGGUCUUCCUCCUCUGGGUGUCCUCCUGCUCUGCUGCGCCGUGGCGCGCGCACUCUGCGCUGAAGCUUCCAGUGCGGCAGGGGCUGGUGCAUGUUGGUCGCCCGGCGUCACCUCGUGCGCGGACUGCCUCCGACGUGGACCUCAGUGCUCCUGGUGCUUCAAGGAGGACUUCCUGCACGGGGCUGGGCUGAGCCAUCGCUGCGACCUGCCGGAGAACCUACGCAGGAGGGGCUGCGAACUGGAGUUCAUGGAGCAGUCGGAGGUCAAGGUGGAGGUUGGCGCUACGCUCAGCAGUACACAAGUGUCCCCACAAGACAUCAGCAUCACCCUCAGACCAGGUUCAGAGGCCAGUUUCACUGUGGCUGUGAAGCAGCUGGAGCGCUAUCCCGUGGAUCUGUACUAUCUGGUGGAUGUAUCAGCUUCCAUGCAGGAAAACCUCAACCAUCUGAAGACGGUCGGCGUGGCUCUGUCCCUUCGUAUGACGGCGCACACCUCAGACCUUUGGCUGGGCUUCGGCUCAUUUGUGGACAAACCCGUCUCUCCUUACAUCAAUGUCCAUCCCUCUAAGAUCAACAACCCCUGCAGUGACUAUGAGAUCCACUGUCGUCCGGCCCACGGUUUCCACCACGUCCUCAGCAUGACCGGGAACAUGAGCGAGUUCACGCGUGUGAUCAAACGCCAGCGCAUCUCCGGGAACAUGGAUACACCUGAAGGAGGCCUGGACGCCAUGCUGCAGGCUGCCGUCUGUCAGAAUGCAGUCGGAUGGCGACCGGAGGCGAAGCGCCUGUUGCUUCUGAUGACUGACCAGCCGUCUCACCUCGCCCUGGACAGCCGGCUCGGUGGGAUUGUCGUGCCACAUGACGGCCGCUGUCACCUGGAGAACAAUGUCUACACCGGCAGCACCAGGAUGGAUCAUCCCAGCUUGGGUCAGCUCUCCGACAAACUGCUUGAAAACCACAUCUACUCCGUUUUUGCUGUGGAGAAGCUGCAGUACCAGUGGUAUGAGGAGUUGGUUCGCCUGCUGCCUGGAUCCCACCUGGGGAAGUUAGGCCUCUUCCAGGGGCCAAACCUCAUAGAUCUGGUGGUAGAUGCAUACAAGAGGUUGUUGUCAGAGGUGGCGGUGUCCGUGUCAGUGGAGGACGAGGCAGUCAGCAGGUACUGGGUGUCCGUCUUUCCUCUUUGUCCUCACGGGUCCACUGCCAAGGGCCGGAGCUGCUCGGGAGUGCAGCCAGGGCAGACGGUAAACACAAACCCACACCGUCACUACACAACACGUAAGACUGUGGAGUGCAAUCAUUCUCAACGUCUCUUACAAAAGGAGGCGGAGGACUCCAACAACACCUGCGCACUAAUGGCUGCCUCCAUAAACUGUGUGUCAGAGCGUGUCAGCAGCGGCCGCCUGGUUGGAACCUUCCUGAGCGUGUGCGCCCUCACCGUGCUGUGCGGCCUGGUGGUGGUGGCCGUGUCACGGCUGCUGAUGCAGAAGAGGCUGCGGUCACCGGGGGGUGCCAGUGGGGAUCGAGGCCACCACUUCCCUGGAAAGGAUCUGUCCUACGUUCCUACAACCAAUGAGAAAACGGUCACCUACAGGCGGGACCGGGCCCCGGACCACCCCGUGGAGAUGCACAUACAGGUUCCUAAGAUGCCCCUGGAAGACUCGUGGCAGUUCUGAGCUGGAAAGCAGCAGAGACACACAGAGGAAGAAGAGCUGGACGUCUUUUCUGCUUCUUCAAGAAUCUUCAGCAAAGUGCCGGUGGAGACGGUGGAGACGGUGGAGACGGUGGAGACGGUGGAGACGGUAACGACGAUGAACUAUGUGAAACCUCCACGGAGUGACGUUUGUUACAUCAGCCGACUGAGCUGUAACAGCUCGAGACGACAACG